GGGAGGAGGUCGGGUCCCUCGGGAGUAGUGGCAGUGUUUACAUGUGCAGAAUAUUUUGGAGGCUGCAGCGAUCCGGCGAAGGGGGCCUCUUAUUCGUGUCUUUCUUGAGAGUGAACAGUGCCUAGAGUUGGCUUGUGAUCAGACACAUUGUGGAUUCGGGGUGUGGGGCCAGUUUACUCAAGACAGAACCGCUGACCGGGAAUCAUGUCUUGGAGAGCGUGAGUGGGGAAUGCGCUCUCUCUGACCAGUGAUGGCGGGGCUUUAUUGCUGUCUUCGAGGCGGUUCGAGAGACCAUAUCAUGGCUACAGCAUUGCCGGACACAAGACAGACAUCAGAGAUGGAAGAAUUGAAUGAUGAAUAUUCAGGUAAGAAGAAAUCAAAGUUUAAAACUUUCAAAAAUUUUUUCACCAAGAAGAAAAGGAAAGUGACAGCAGCACCCAAAAGAGAAAACAAUCUGAAGCCAAGCCAGUCAAGUACGGACGUCAGCACAGCUGAACCUUCUGAAGCACAGCCGGACUCUGAGACAGGCUCCCAAAGUAAUAUCGGAAGCAGAGCUUUCUCGCAUGACAGUAUUUUCAUCCCUGAACUAUCCAUCUCGGAGUCAGUGUCAGUUCGAGGAGCGUCCCAGGAAAAUGUGGCUGGCAGGGUGAAAGCUUUACAGCUACAACUUGAACAGAACAUCCGACUGUCUUCCCCCGGUAUGAUGAUCCCUUCCGUAAAGAACGAGGAUGCGGGCACGAUGUCCGAGGACGACGGGCUGCCCAGGAGUCCUCCAGAAAUGUCUUCUCUUCAUGCAGUCCUGAGGUGUUCAACGCCGAAGUGUGCUGUCCUUGCUGAGCGGCACAAUUCUUUAAGUUUAGGGGGAACUGAGAGCGAAGAUGAAGAACUGAUAUCCUUGAUGCCUUCUUCCAGACCCCUCUCUCCACUGGUUCUCAUGACGACCAGCUGUGACUCACUUCCUGUUGACUUCAGCUCCCCAGCUAGUUCACACGUUUGUCUGAACAACACUGCAGCUAAGCACAAGAUUGCUGUUAACCCUCGUAGACAGAAGAUCCGUAGCAAGCAGAUGAAGUCGAUAAUUAGAGAAAAAUCUGGUGGUUCAGAGGAUAAAGGGAAAGGUGAAAGGAAUCAGGUUGGCGCUACUGUAAAUCAGCUGCCAAAUGAAUGUCAACAGGAAAACGAUGCAUUGGUGGAUGGUGACAUUGAUGUUCAUUUUAAUAAAAUGCCUUGUCCAAAGAUUCUUGAAGUGAAUAACGAGGAAUGUGCAGAAAAAGUUCCAAACAUUUCCAAAACACUUGCCACCUCUGAUAGUCACAGUGCAGAGCCUGAAGAUGCAUCCGAUGGUGAAGUCACCAAUCUGAAUACAGAUACAUCACCUAGCACUAUAAAUCAAGAGGUACUUCCUUCAGAACCAGUCUUUCCUUCUGAAAGCAUGCCUGACACUGAGAAGAAUCCCAUUGCUGGGCAGUUGGGACAAGAAACUGUUCUGGUUCAUGAAGAGGAUUCCAAGUUAUCUUCAACAAAAGCCGUCAUUGACAUAAAGGCAAAUGAUGCAUUGCCAUCUGGUACCACACCAGUGACUGUUGCUGAUUCACUGGACUGUCUUGAGAAUAGAAUUCAGGAGGCAGACAAAUCCACGACUGGUGAAGGUUUCCUGUUGGGGGAGGUUGAAAGAGAUUUGGUUUCCACGGGCGCAGUCACAACUCCAUCUUUGAAAUGCAACUUGGCUGCCCAGCUCCAGGAAGAAGGACAAGGGGGACCAAUUUUAAAUAAAUUAAGUGCACCAGAACAUAGUUUUACAUCUAAACAAGCAAAGGGAGUGACACCCUCUAAUGAGAAGUUGGGUUCAUGUAAAGAGUGCCAAGAAGGUGUGGAAAGUAGCCUGACAGAUCAGUCAGUCAUGGAAGGGACAGAUGUUGAGAGCUUAUUAAAUCAAAGACCAGAACAUGUUCCAAAGCCAUGCAAUGAGUUGACAGACAGUGUUGGCAUUCUAUCUGAAGAUUUAGUAAAACAAUCUGAGCGAUCUACCUCACAAUUCACCCACAGUCAGGCACAGCCUGAGCUUUCUGUUCCAGAUGAGCUGUCACAGGAACAUCUUAGGCCUAGUAAUCAAGGCUCCAUCAAGUUCUCAAUCGCAUCUGCUUGGCAGAGAUCCAUAAUGGAUACCAGGAGAAAGAACGUGGACUGGAAUCUUCAGGCAGUGCCAAAAUCGGGCUGUUGCGAAGAUAGAUCAGAAGGCAGUGCCAAACAAGAUUCAACAGCUCAACAGAUUCUUAAUCUGCCACUGAAAGUGAAAGCUGAUGAAAAUGAACAAGCAUCUAUGGACAACAAUCUCCUAGAUAUAGAACGACAAGCAGAAACUGAACAGGAUACCAAGGGAAGUCCAUUUGGUGUCAGGCUGAGAAGAACUUCACCUCUUUACAAAUAUUCGACAGAAGGUAGUAUUGAACAUACAGUAGAGAGAAAAGACCCUGCGGGAGAAACAUUGCAGUUAGCAACACAAACCCCAGCACUCCGGAAAGGAGAUAGUGCCACAGGUGGGCAAGCAGGGGCCUCUUUGUCAACUGGGACUGAAAAAGAUAUCGGUAAAAAGGCAGCCAAAUCACUGCCAGAGGAUCAGAGGGCUCAGUGUCCAAUGCCUGAGAUACAUGAUUCACUGGAGACCUCGACAGAAACUGCUAUGGAAGAAAAGCAUCUUGUUUCUCGAGGAAAUAAUGAGAGAAAGAAUAGUGAAACCUAUGUGGAAUUCGGUAAAACAUCAGAGAGGAACUCUAUUCCAGCCAAACCCGAACCAGCAGACAGUCCAAGAGUCAACGCCUCAGAGCCAGCCUGGGUCUCCUUAGCAAGACAGAAACAGAAAGGCUUUCAAGACCAGUAUGCAGGGACACAGGAAAAAGCCCAGCUUCUGGGGGAGCAAUCCCUGAUUCAAACAGACACAAAAACGGAAGCGACAAAGCACCUGAUAAAGAAGGUUGCAGAUAAGGAGCCUCCCUCUGGCAUACAGAGCAAGGAAAUGAAAACAAGUGUGAAGGAGGAAUACCUGUCCAGGAUAACCACUCAAGCAGGUUCACACCUACCGCCAAAGGCACAAGCCUGUGGAAUGGGAAUGAGGGAGAAGCGGCCAAUGCCCAACACAAAGCUUGCCCCACUGGCUACCGUGGAGCCUCCAUGGCUGGCCAUUGCCAAGAAGAAGGCCAAGGCUUGGAGUGACAUGCCACAGACUGUUCAAUAAGAGCUGCUUCGAAAUAGGACUUCAAAACAAUAUUGUUCCCCAACGCAUCUCAGAGAUCCAUAGUGACCAGUUUGGUUGCUCAUACUGAGACUGCUGGGGAAUAAACUCCAGCCAGGAAGAAAUAAAAGGAUACAAGAGGGUAGAAAGAUAUGUUGGGUAAUGUUACAAAGCAGGAACUUCUUAUAGAUCAAUCAUUAUAUCAUACUCCCCUGCAUUGGGGUAUGGUAGCAAACCCCUAUUUACAGGAAUACAAGUUACAGGAAUAGCAAUCAGAGGCAGGUACUCAUAUCCAAAAGACACAAGUUCAAAUCCCACCACGACUGGAGGGGAACUUUAGUAAAUGAUUCACUGCAUAGAUUCCCAGCUCCUAGUGAUGGACGUGAAAGCAUUCAAUUGUUGUGAAAUCCCAACGCUGAUAGCCUUUGAGGUGGUCUAAACUUCUCGUCGUAUAUAUGUGCCUCUAGACCCACUGCAGGAUGUGGGAUCUAAGGAUGUCAAGGGUAAAUAGGGAUGUGCAAUAAAGUGCUGUCCUUGUAACUAUAUAAAUUAAUAAAUAAGGUAUUCAGGUCUGUUAGUAUCAAUGGAAAUAAGUUUUGGCAGGGUAUUGAACAAGUGGCCCAUUUCAAUUCCAAACUGUGUUGUUCUGUUCUGUGUUUUAUAUAUACUUGCAUUAAUCUGUUUUAAAUAGCUUAAUGCCUUUGCUAAAAUAACAGCAGGGAAAUGAAAUAUUUACUAAUAUCACCAACAAUACUGUCCAGGCUAAUAACUUCUUUUGUCAGUUUUUAUAUCUAAGCAGUUUCUAGCUUUGAAGUUAGUUUAAACUUCUCUGUUCAAGUGAUUUAAAGAUGUAAUUUAUUGGAAUGGCUGGGUAACACCACAAUAAAUGUUCAACAGUAAACUCAAUUUGCUUCUGGAAUGAACGUCAGAAGAAAGUGACUGAAUUUCCAAUCACACAAGCAGCUAGUGUUACUUGAAUAAGGUUUAAUCUAUCUUUAGCUGAAACCCAGCUGAACUAUUUUUAGUUGGAACCCAAAGCGUAGAACAGUACUGCAUAGAAACAGACCCUUCAGCCCACAGUGCUGUGCCAAGAUAAUUAAAUGGCUAUAUAAGCUAAUCCCUCAUGACUGCACAAUGUCUACAUCCCACUCUGCACAUUCACAAGAAUCUCAUAAACCUCUCUGAUGUACUUGCCUCCUGGCAGAAUAUUCUGCGCACCCACCACUCUCUCACCUUGCACAUCUCCUUUGUGCUUACCUUUACUGCAUGCCCUCUAGUAUUAGACAUUUUGACAUAAAGUUAAUCUGUUAUCUACUCUAUCUAUGACUCUCAUAACCUUAUAAACUUCUAUCAGUUCUCCACUCAUUUUCUGCUGUUCCAGAGAGAAGAACCCAAUUUUGUCUAACCUCUCCCCACAGCACAUGCCCUCUAAUCCAGGCAGUGUGCAGGUAAACAUCUUCUGCAUCUCUCCAAAACCUCAGCAUCCUUGCUUUAAUGGGGUGACCGGAAUUGAAUGCAAUAAUCCUAGCCAGAUUUUAUAAAGCUGCCACAUAACUUCAUGAAAUUUAAACUCAGUGUCUCCACUAAUAAAGGCAAACAUGCCAUAUGGUUUUCUUGCUGUGUUAUCAACUUCAUUGGCCAUUUCUGGGGAGCUAUGGACCUGAACCCAAGUUCGCUCUGUACAUUAAGACCAUAAGACAUAGGAGCAGAAAUAAGCCAUUCAUUCUAUCGAGUUUGCUCUGCCAUUAGAUCAUGGUUGAUUUAUUAUCCUUCUCAAUCCCAUUCACCUGCCUUCUCCUUGUAACCUUUAACCCCUAGAACCUAUUAACCUCCGCUUUAAAUAUAGGUUUAAUGCAAUGGACAGAUCCUUCACCUCAACAACCUAUGUCUAUCCUAAGGCAAUACUGAUGAAAAGAAAGCUCCCUUUUCAAUAACUGUAUUUCAUUUGGCCCUUGUUUCACAGCACUGGUGAGCUGGUGGGCAGAAACACAUUGGCGGGACAGAGUAAAUAAAGAUUUGGCCAACACCCAAAUGAAGUUUUCACACUGUCGUUUCUUGUUUGAGAAAAUUGCAGCAGGAAUUUCCACUAGUUAAAAAUCUAAUCAUAGUAAAAAUAAACAUGUUUGCUCAAGAAAUCCAAAACAAGUUCCACUGCCUUAGACGCUGCCAAAACUCUUGCAUCUUAUUCCACUUCAAAUACUUAUCCAAUUUCCAUUUAAAUAAUUAUCAAAUACUAUUCAGCCAUUCCCUUUGAAACAUGCUUCAACAAAACCUUAUGGAAAAUCAUUUGCCAAAAAAUAUAAUCUCCGCAUCAGAAUCGGGUUUAAUAUCAUUGUGGGCACGUGGCCAAGUGGUUAAGGCAUUGGACUAGCGACCUGAAGGUCAUGAGUACGAGCCCCAGCCGAGGCAACGUGUUGUGUCCUUGAGCAAGGCACUUAAUCACACAUUGCUCUGCAACGACACUGGUACCUAAUGCCCUUACCUUGGACAACAUUGGUGCCGUGGAGAGGGGAGACUUGCAGCAUGGGCAACUGCUGGUCUUCCAUACAAACUUGCCCAGGCCUGCGCCCUGUAGAGUGAAGACUUUCCAGGUGCAGAUCCAUGGUCUCCCAAGACUAACAGAUGCCUUUAUUUAUCAUUGGCAUAUUUUGUGAAAUUUGUUGUUUUACAGCUGCAGUUCAAUGCAAUGCAUAUAAUAAAAACAAUUAAUUACAAUAACUAUAUAUAAAAAAGAAAAUUAAAUUAAAUAAGUAGUACAAAAGGAGAGGGAAAAAUACUAAGGUCGUGUUCAUGGGUUCAUUGUCCAUUUAGAAAUCUGAUGGUGGAGGGGAAGAAACUGUUCCUGAAACAUUCGAGUAGGUGUCUUUAGGCUCCUGUUCCUCCUCCUCGAUAGUAGCAAUGGGAAGAGGUCUUGUCCUGGAUGAUGGGGUCCUUCAUGUUGGAUGCCACCUUUCUGAGGCACCUCAUUUUGAAGAUGUUCUCAAUGUUGAGGAGGUUGGUGCCCAUGAUGGAGCUGUUUGAGUCCACAAUCCUCUGCAGCUUUUUCCAGUCCUGUACAAUGGUCCCUCCAUACCAGAUGGUGACGCAACCAGUUAGAAUGGUUGCAUUCUCCACUCUACAUCUGUAGAAAUUUGCGGGAGUCCAUGGUAACAUACAACUUCUCCUCAAACUCUUAAUGAAAUGUAGCCAUUACCUUUGCAAUUGCAUCAAUACGUUGGGCCCAGGAUAGAUCCUCAGAGACGUUGACAUCCAGGAGCUCGAAACUGCUCACCCUUUCCACUGCUGAUCCCUCGAUGAGGACUGGUGUGCAUUGCCUUGAUUUACCCUUGCUGAAGUCCACAAUCAAUUCCUUAGACUUACUGACAUUGCUAGUUGUGAUUUGUAAUUGUGACAGAAAGCUGUACUCCAUCUCUAGAAUUUAUUUCUUCAGCUACAUCCUUCAACCAUGUCAGGGUAGUGUAUCGUUAUUACAGCGACAUGAGUUCAAUUCCCACUGUUGUCUGGAAGGAAUUUGCAUAUUCUUCCUGUGACACUUCCAGUUUUCUCCGGGGGCACUGGUUUCACCCCUCUUGCCAAAGACAUACAGAUUAAUAAGUUAAAAGGUCACAUUGAUAUAUUAGGCUGCAUAGGCUUGUUGGGACUGAAGGACCUGUUUCCCUGCUGUGUUUCUAAAUCAAAUAAAAUUAUU